GAUUUCGUCUUCAUCAGGGGAAUGUUCUCCCUUUUAUUUUUAUAUUUAUUGCUGUUUUAAAUUUUAGAAAAAAGAUAUAAUUUUGAAACGGCUGGUAGUUUAAGAUCCUUGUUGGGAAAAAAAUCUGUCACUUUUCUUGAGAAACAGUCUCACGGUUGCAACGUAAAAAUUGAUGAUUGGAUUUUAUGCCCGAAUGGAUUUAUUAUGGAAAAAAGUCUCUUUUUAUAAUAAACGUUACUAGAAUAAAGAUAUUUUUUUGAGUUUGGAGAGUGAAGAUUGCAAAAUUUUGUGUAAAUUUGAACAGAAAUGCAACAUUGAAAUCUCGAGUGUCAAGUAUGAAGCUCUUUUAAAACAUUAUCCAUGGAAGGAUACGACACGGAUUCUACUUCAUUGGACUUAACGAAGCCGUCUAUGAAAAUUAAGCACCGGACUUGCUAUUUGGACGUUGUUUAAUGCCGUUUCGGGCAUAAACGUUCCGAGAGGAAGUCGGCUGAGACGUGCUCGGCUCCACUUGGAAGAGAUGAAGGCGACAGAAGGGAGCGAAGACGGAGAGAGCUUUUGCGAUUUUUCGACCUCUCUCGUCGAAGGAUGUAGACUUCCUGUUAAAAUGCGUUACGGCGAGGAGUGGCCUCUUGCAGAAAUUGUCAGUGUCAAAGAAGUAAAUGGAACUUGCCACUACUAUGUACAUUUUGUCGAUUACAACAAAAGGUUGGACGAAUGGGUCACAGAUGCAAGGUUGGACACUCGGAAAGUCCAGUUUCCAAGGAAGGACGGAAGUGGGGUCAACACUCCAAACAAAAAGUUAGCGCCGGGGGGCGGGGGGAAUAUUGGACCGGCACCAGUUUCCUCUCGCCCCUCAUCACCUGUUAACAAUACUGAACUCUUAAAUGGAAAUGCUGUCCUAGCGGCAGCAUUACAGAAAAAGAUGUCGAGAAAAAGGAAAGCCCCUACGGCGCCUCUAACACCUACAGCGCCUGUAAACAAUGAAGAAAAAGAAGAGCCUCCAGAAAAACCUAGCCCAGCAGUGCCAUGUCUGACUGGCUCCAUGGUGGCGCACAAUGACGAUGUGGUCACAAGAAUGAAAAAUGUGGAAAUGAUAGAAUUAGGUCUUCAUAAAAUCCGCCCUUGGUAUUUUUCCCCUUAUCCAGAAGAAUUAAUUAAUUUACCUUGUAUAUACAUUUGUGAAUUCUGUUUGAAAUACAGAAAAAGCAGAAAAUGUCUAGAAAGGCACCUUGCAAAGUGCAAUGUAAGGCAUCCGCCUGGGAAUGAAAUUUAUCGUAAACAGAAUAUAUCAUUUUUUGAAAUCGACGGGAGGAAAAAUAAAGUCUACGCUCAGAACCUGUGUCUACUGGCGAAAUUAUUUUUAGACCACAAGUCUCUAUAUUUCGAUACUGACCCUUUUCUUUUCUAUGUAAUGACCCAUCUGGAUGAUAGGGGUUUCCAUAUAGUAGGCUAUUUUUCAAAAGAAAAAGAACCGACAGAAUUCAAUGUCGCUUGUAUAUUAACGAUGCCGCCAUACCAAAGGAAAGGAUAUGGAAAAUUAUUAAUAGAAUUUAGUUAUGAACUGUCAAAAUUUGAGGGUAAAACGGGUUCUCCUGAAAAACCCCUUUCUGACCUGGGACUCUUGUCGUAUAGGAGCUACUGGUCUCAAACCAUAUUAGAAAUUCUUGUCAAUCUAAAACCAAACGCAGAUAACAAAAGGCCUCAAAUAACAAUAGUAGAAAUCUCGGAGCUGACCAGCAUAAAGAAAGACGACGUCAUAUCAACCCUCCGGAAUCUGAACCUAAUAAAUUAUUAUAAUGGACAAUACAUAAUCACAUUAAACAAAGAGACAAUAGACCACCACAUGAAGGCGAUGGAAAAGAGAAAAAUUAGAAUUGACCCUAAGUGUCUACAUUGGACUCCAAAAGAUUGGUCAAAAAGGGCAAAUUGGUGAUAGUGCUGUGUACUUUUAAAGACAUGUAAACUUUUUUAUGUGCUUUUCUGUUUUUUUUUGUUUUAAUUUAAAAAAAGAAACAUUUUAAUCCAAACUAAGUUAAGUAGGAUGUACAUGAUCUUGAACUUUCACUACAUAAUUUAUAUGAAUUUUUUGUGUUUGGUUCACUACAAAGUGUAUGUACAAAUGUGAUUUUAAUUAUAAGGUCUUUUUUAUA